CAGCUGCAUGUGCGGGGCGCGGAGCGGAACGGAACGGAACGGAACCGGACGGCACGGCUCGGAACGGGAAGGGGACAGCGCAGAACGGGGCGGCACGGCCGGAGCCGGCGAGCAGCCUCGCUGUCCGCUGGGAUUUAUGGAGGUGCUGAGGAGCAGCUCUGAGCCCCGCAGCCCCCACCAGCUCGCCCCAUAAAGCAGCGCCCGGCCGCCUCGCCUCCUCUCCCCCAGCAUCCCGACCCUCCGACUCAACCAUUCAAGGCUCCUGUGCAUGGAUCGCCCCAGCGAGGCGCCGCUGCCGGACGCCGCCGACGCCGCCCCGUAGGCUCCCGGCCCCCCGUGCCACCCCCAAGUACUCCACAUACCCCGAUGGGGUAACGUGACGGGGGUCACCCUCCCGCCACCUCCAACACCCCCCAUAUGCAGAGGCCUUUCUAGAGCGCCCGGGAGCGCGCGGCAGCCGCUCGCCGUCGCACACGCACCGAGGACGCCGACACUACAGCAAAGGGAUUCUUGGUUUUGGUUUGGUUUUGGGGCUUUUUUUUUUAAUUAUUAUUAUUAUCAUUAAUAUUAUUUUUUGCCCGUCUGGCUUUUCCCCCCUUCCCACCCCGGGGAGCUUGCGGUGUUGCUGAGGAAGCCGGCGCGCUCCCAAGAGCUGGGAUUAUUUGCACAACGUCUGUAUAUUGAGUUCUCGAUCCUGUUUUGGGUUAUUUUUGAAGGGCAGAGGGGUCAUUGGGGCUUUUUUGUUCCCCCACCCUCCACACCACGCUUUCUCUUGGGUUUUUUGCCCCUACCACCAUCAGCAUCACCUCACCCUCCUCCUGUCCCAGCAUGGCUCGGAUGAACCGCCCUGCACCGGUGGAGGUCUGCUACAAAAACAUGAGGUUCCUCAUCACACACAACCCCACCAAUGCCACGCUCAACACCUUCUUGGAGGACCUGAAGAAAUACGGUGCCACCACGGUUGUGCGAGUGUGCGAAGUGACCUAUGACAAGACCCCCCUGGAGAAGGAUGGCAUCACCGUCAUGGAUUGGCCAUUUGAUGAUGGAGCGCCUCCUCCCAGCAAGAUAGUGGAAGAUUGGCUCAACUUGUUGAAGACCAAGUUCUGCGAAGACCCCGGCUGCUGCGUGGCCGUGCACUGCGUGGCGGGCCUGGGGCGCGCUCCCGUCCUUGUCGCACUGGCCUUGAUCGAGAGUGGGAUGAAAUAUGAAGAUGCCAUCCAGUUCAUCCGACAGAAGCGCAGAGGAGCCAUCAACAGCAAGCAGCUGACGUACUUGGAAAAAUACCGACCAAAGCAGAGACUCCGAUUUAAGGACCCUCAUAACCACAAGAACAAAUGCUGCAUCAUGUAACCUCAAUGACCUCUUGCCAAAACCCGUGCACACAGACACCCGGGCGCUCACACACAUCCCAACCCCUUCACCUCCUCGCCCAGCCCUGCGCAUCCCCACACGCUGCCCCACUGCCAGGGCUGGGGUAGGGGGGGACAUGGAGCACCACCAACAUGUGCCAGCACCCACAGCACCAUCAUCUUGGACCCCUGAAAAGGGCUGCUCUCUCCAGCUAUAGCUCAAGGAGGGAAGGCAGCACUGCCCUUUGUUUCUUGGCAUUAGCAGUGAGCUCGUGAUGGUUCUUCAUCACCUUCCUGCUCCCUUUCCCUUCCCGUUGCACCUAGAGGGAUGGGCGAAGGGUGCCUGGUUUGGGGUGAUGCAGGCAGGUCGGUGCCAGCUGAGAAGGGAUGGGGAGCAGGAGGGCUGGAGCACCCUCAUCAAAACCCUUUCCCACCUCUUCCCUAUAAAUAAGGGCUGCAGCAGCAGGGACAGAGGUGGGGAUGGCAUAGUGUCCUCAGGGGGAAGGUGGUAGCAUGGGGAGGUGAAGGGGACUCAGCUUGGUGCUGGCCUUGUGGCCAUGGGAAGGGAUAAGCCAGGUCCUCCCCCCUGCACCAUUCCCUUUCUCCUGGCUCCUUUACCACUUCACCAUCUCCCCAUUACCUUGAUGCCAUCCAGGAUGCUGCACAUGGGGCUUGCUGCAUGAGGCGACCAUGACAGGGCUUUAAGGCAUCCACUUUGCCAGGGUGCAGGCUCGGCACUGAUGCACCCCAAAGUCUGGGUGCUCUUACAGCUUCCAGAUUCAAUGGUGGGUUCUCUUCCACUGUGUCCCCACCACUGAUCCAUGGUGCAAGCCCCAAUUCUGCCUGCAAUAUCCAUGGAGAUGUGCCUCUUGGAGCACAUCCGUGUCCUCCACCACUGUGUUUGCUGGUCAGGGGGCUGUGCUGCAGCUUCCCUGGGGGAUUUUGGGUGCUCCUGGCAAGAGCACGUCACCAAACUUGGCUCCUGCCUUUCCCACAGCUCUAACACGGCAUAUGGCACCCCAGACCCCCCCAGCACGUGCCCUGGUGGGGUGGACUCAGAGCUGCCCCUUAGCCCAGACAUUAGACAUCUCUUCCACUCUCUGCCUUUGAACGCUUGCAGCAGCUGGAGCAGUGGGCACGUAGGGGCAGGGGAGGGUUUUCUUUUGAUGAGGAUAAGAAGAAAUUUGCUAAUUAAAGGUAAAAAAACUGAAGGAAAUAA